AUGAAUAUGAACGCCCCCCAGGCUCGCAGCGGACGGGAUAGCCCUCAGCCGGGACCGUUUGGCUAUUCCUUCCUAUCGCCUAUGGAUACUCCUUACGAACCGGCACCUGCGCCUCCUCCCGGGCCAGCUCUUCUUGAUGAUAAUGAGUCUAAUAUGCUUGAUAAUUUUUUCACGACCAUGAAUUCCAACCAUUUCACGAACGACUUCUGGCUACAGGGCCAGCAGAAUAAGUCACUUGGGCCAACAAACUUUGAGUGGUCAGAUGAACUACCUCCGACAUUCGAAGGCUCCACAACCUCUCUCUCACAACCCUCACUUCCUCACCGCGGCCUUGAUAAAUCUGGGAUGGACAUUUUACCUAACCAUUCGAAUUCGGAUAUUUUUGCGGCUGCUUCCAUGCUCUAUCAAAACGGCAUGAAUGGGACAGGACUCGUUUCUCCUUUUGCACAUCACCCGUUCCCCUCUUUCUCGGAGAUGGACUACAAUAAUGCCCGUAUGAAUGGUCGCGUAAAGCCCCAACAGCCACAACCAGUGUCAUCCAAACAAUCGAAUACGUUCACUGGUGCUCGUACACCGAUGGCCUAUCACACGUCGGAAAUGCUCUUCGAUGUACGAGAUCCAAUAUCGCCAGAGCAACAGGCCACUGCCAAAGUACGGCCCCUUCAUUGGGGGUCUGAUAUCAGCUUUAUGGACCAAGGAUAUGUGGCGCCACCUGAUCAGCCAAACGUAGAAGAACAGACGCAAGAGUUGCUUCGCCAUCUUGAGUCUCUCGAGCCUCAAAGCAGUGCUGCCAAUACUCGCGCACCAAGCCCGGAACGUAUCACCGGCCACCACAGUGCUCACUGGGCAGGACCGGAUGCGACCGGGCCACUCAGUGACUUACGUAGGGAAUACAGGGAUAGCAUGGAAAAUUUGUCGCAGCCUAAGAAACGGCAAAGGACCUUGAUCAAGGAAGAAGAAGACGAGAACUCAGAGGAUGAUACGAAACCGAGGUCAAGAAGAUCCAAGAGUACGAGCUAUGGCAAGAAUCGGCGGAUGUCAACUGAGACCAUCCGAAAAUCUAAAGUCCAACAAGGUGCCAAGCCCACAAGAGAGAAUCUCACGGAGGAGCAAAAACGGAGCAAUCACAUUCUGUCGGAGCAAAAGCGCAGAAACUUGAUCAGGCAGGGGUUCGAUGAUUUGUGCACCCUUGUACCUGGGCUGAAGGGUGGGGGCUUCAGCAAAAGUGCCAUGCUCACGCAAGCUGCAGACUGGCUAGAGGAGAUACUCCGUGGGAAUGAGAUUCUAAAGGCGCAGCUGGCUGACAUGAAAGCCAUGAAUGGCUUAGUUAUGCCUCGAUAA